AUGCGCCUCCUUCUGUCGCUCUACCUUUUGGUAGCCGUCUCAUGGGCCAUCCUUGAUACUGUAGACGAGGCUUGUCCCGUCAAAAAAGGCAAUACUACGGCUAUGGCUAUGGCGGAUACGGCUACUAUGGAUGCGGAUGAGCAAUGUAUGCACCAUGUCCUCAUGGCAAUGGUGGUUGUUACGGGAAUGGAUAUGGUGGCUAUGGCGGUUACGGCUAUGGAGGUUACGGAUACAAAAAAUAGCAAAUGA